AUCCUGCAACCGAGGAAAUUAUGUUCCGGUUCAUGAGAGAUGGGGAGCCAGAAGAUCCAAUGUUUGUGAUGGACCCCCUCGCCAUUCACCACCAGCACGUGAACCGUGUGCUCUCAGGGGGCUUUGGUUAUGCCCCCUUCCUCAGCAUUGGUAACGGGACCCUGCCUGCAACUCGCCAGGCGAGCCGCAGGAUGCAGGCAGGAGCUGUUUCGCCUUUUGGGAUGCUGGGAAUGGCAGGUGGCUUUAUGGACAUGUUCGGUAUGAUGAAUGACAUGAUUGGAAACAUGGAGCACAUGACCAGCGGAGCGAACUGCCAGACGUUUACCUCCUCGACCGUCAUAUCGUACUCGAAUCUGGGAGAAGGGCCCAAAGUUUAUCAGGAGACAUCAGAGACACGCUCUGCACCUGGCGGGAUCCGGGAGACGAGGCGGACUGUGCGAGACUCGGACAGCGGGCUGGAGCAGAUGUCUAUCGGGCACCACAUCCGGGAAAGGGCACACAUCAUGCAGCGCUCGCGGAACCAUCGCACGGGGGACCAGGAGGAGAGGCAAGACUACAUCAACCUGGACGAAAGCGAUGCGGCCGCCUUCGACGACGAGUGGAGGCGAGAGACGACCCGCUUCCGGGCGCAGAGAGGACUCGAUUACCGGCGUCACGAGGGAAGCAACGGCCGCCGGGCCGAGGGGACCCGUCUCGCGAUCCAGGGGCCGGAGGAGUCACCGACCAGACAGUCCCGCCGGUACGACUGGUGAAUCCAGAGCAGACUUAAGGGGGGGUGCGACGCGGUCACCCCCAAUUCUACCUUCAUGUUCUUGUAAACAGUGAAACUCUGAUGGCGAAGCCCCUACCAAACGUCACUUUGGACCUUCCACGAGUCGAAAACUAGCUUCCUGCCCACACCCCCUUAAGAUUUAAAUUGACUAACUGUCUUGCAGCAGCGUUCUAUACUCUUUGCAAAGAGUAUCUGGCCAAGGGAAAUGUCAGGGACUUUGUCCAUGAAUGAGUAACACCGUGAUUUGACUUGGUUCUCUUCCCUCUUAACUCUUUCCCUUCCUUUCAUUGAUCUCCCUACAUCUGUUCCUUCCCCUUUAGUGUUUUU